AUCACCUGAAUGGGGUAAUCAAAACUGUGAUCAUUCUGAAGAUGCUGGAGUCAUCUGCUCAGGAAAUCUUCUCUUUGAUACCAUUGACAGUGUGAGGUUGAUUGAUGGUGGCAGUCGCUGUGCUGGGAGAGUGGAGGUUCAGUAUAAUGGAACAUGGGGAACAGUGUGUGAUGAUAACUGGGAUAUGAGAGAUGCUGCAGUGGUGUGUAGAGAGCUGCGCUGUGGAGAGGCUGUAGAUGCACUGAGUGAUGCUCACUUUGGACCAGGAUCAGGACCAAUCGGGAUAAAUACUGUACACUGUAGUGGAUCAGAGUCUACACUGAGGAAUUGUAGAUCACCAGGAGGGGGAAAACAUGCUUGUAAUCAUACUAAAGAUGCAGGAGUCAUUUGUUCUGGAAUCAGGCUGGUUGGUGGUUCUCGCUGCUCUGGGAGAGUGGAGGUGCUUCAUGGAGAGACCUGGUCCACAGUGUGUGAUGCUAACUUUGACCAGCAGGAUGCAGAGGUUGUGUGUCGAGAGCUGGGUUGUGGGCUUCCUGUGAAGGUGCUGGGAUCAGCUGCUUUUGGCAGAGGGGAGGGUCAGGUGUGGUCAGAGGAGCUUCAGUGUAGAGGCAACGAAUCUCAGAUUCACUUCUGUCCAACAUCAUCUUCACUUAAACACGACUGCUCCCAUGACAGUGAUGUGGGUCUGGUGUGUGCUGACAGUGUGAGGUUGGUGGAUGGCGGCAGUCGCUGUGUUGGGAGAGUGGAGGUUCUUCAUAGAGAACAGUGGGGAACAGUGUGUGGUGAUGGCUGGGAUAUGAGAGAUGCUGCAGUGGUGUGUAGACAGCUGGGCUGUGGAGAGGCUGUAGAUGCACAGAGUGAUUCUCAACUUGGAUCAGGAUCAGGACCAAUCUGGAUGGGUGAUGUGGACUGUAGUGGAUCAGAGUCUACACUGAAGAACUGUAAAUCAACAGGAUGGGGAAAACAUGAAUGUGUUCACAACCGACGAGCUGGAGUCAUCUGUGCUGGAGUCAGGCUGGUUGGUGGUUCUCGCUGCUCUGGGAGAGUGGAGGUGCUUCAAGGGGAGGGUCAGGUGUGGUCAAAGGAACUUCAGUGUAGAGGCAAUGAAUCCCAGAUUUAUUUCUGUCCCACAUCAUCUUCACUCAAACGUAACUGCUCCCAUGACAGUGAUGUCGCUCUUGUUUGUGCUGAAAGUGUGAGAUUGCUAGAUGGUGGCAGUCGCUGUGCUGGGAGAGUGGAGGUUCUUCAUAGAGGACAGUGGGGAACGGUGUGCAGUGAUUACUGGGAUAUGAGUGAUGCUGCAGUGGUGUGUAGAGAGCUGGGCUGUGGAGAGGCUGUAGAUGCACUGAGUAAAGCUUACUUUGGACCAGGAUCAGGACCAAUCUGGAUGGAUGAUGUGACCUGUACUGGAUCAGAAUUAUCUCUGAAGAACUGUAUGACAGAGGGAUGGGGCAAACAUAACUGUGAUCAUGGAAAAGAUGCUGCCGUCAUCUGCUCAGGUCACAGAAAGUCCAAACUUACUGAUGGUUUUCACCGCUGUUCCGGAAGAGUGGAGGUGCUUAAUGUGAAGACCUGGUCCACAGUGUGUGAUGCUGACUUUGACCAGCAGGAUGCAGAGGUUGUGUGUCGAGACCUGGGCUGUGGGCUUCCUGUGGAGGUGCUGGGAGCAGCUGCUUUUGGCAGAGGGGAGGGUCAGGUGUGGUCAGAGGAGCUUCAGUGUAGAGGCAAUGAAACUGAGAUUUAUUUCUGUCCAACAUCAUCUUCACUCAAAAACAACUGCUCCCAUGACAGUGAUGUGGGACUGGUGUGUUCAGGUCACACUCAGGCUCAGCUGGUGAGUGGCUCUGACUCCUGUUCUGGUCGAGUGGAGCUCCAGUACCUCAGUGAGCAGGGCACAGUGUGUGAUGUAAGCUGGGAUAUGAAAGCUGCCAGUGUCCUCUGUGGUCAGCUGAACUGUGGGAGUGCUGUGGCUGUGUUGGGGUCAGACUGGUUUGGGGAGGGGAGUGGCCGGAUCUGGGCUGAUGUGUUUGAUUGUCAGGGGAACGAAACACACCUGUCAAAAUGUCCCAUUUCAUCAUGGAGUCGAACUGCAUGCUCUCAUAAACAGGAUGCUGGAGUCAUCUGCAGUGGUUCCUCUCUGGCAUUUCAUGAGGGACGAGUGAGGUUGUCUGGAGGGAUGGAGUGUGAGGGGGAGGUGGAGGUGUACUUCAGGCAGGACUGGAGGAGAGUUCUGCUGGACUCCUGGAGUGAGUCUGUGGCCUCUGUGGUCUGCAGACAGCUGGGCUGUGGCUCUGUGUUCAGCUUCUCCAGCUCCUCUACAUCCAGUCCUGAACACAGUCACAUGUGUGUGACGGGUUUCAAAUGUUCUGGGAGUGAAGCUCAUCUGGGGAACUGCAGCAGCGUGCAAACAGUCAACUGCAGCUCCAGAGAACAGCUCUCAGUCACCUGUACUGGUAAGUUUAAUCAAGCUCCCAGCUCCAUCAGGCUGGUUGGUUCUGGGGGAGACUGUGCAGGAAGGGUAGAGGUUUUCCACAGUGGCUCAUGGGGGACAGUGUGCGAUGACUUGUGGGAUAUUGAGGAUGCACAGGUGGUGUGCAGACAGCUGCAGUGUGGAGUAGCCCUCAGUGCUCCAGUACCAGCCCGGUUUGGACUUGGAACUGGACCCAUAUGGCUGAAUGCGUUGGAGUGUGAGGGGAAUGAGACGUCCUUGUGGAACUGUAAAUUUCAGCUGUGUGGAGAGAAUGAAUGUGGACACAUGGAGGAUGUAGGAGUUGUGUGUUCAGAGUUUAAAGAGUUCAGACUCACUGAGGGCUGUGAGGGAAAUCUGGAAGUGUUCUACAAUGGAACCUGGGGUAAUGCGUGUGAAAAUGGAAUGACAGAAGAAACAGCUAAUGUGAUCUGUCAGGAGCUGAACUGUGGAAGAAUGGACAGUCAGAGGGCGUUUAAAGGAAGAGUGGAAUCAGCUCCUAACUGGCUGGAUGAUCUGAAAUGCAGGAGUCAUGACUCCAGUGUGUGGCAUUGUCCAUCUUCACCCUGGGGACAGAACAACUGUGAUAAUCGCAACGAGGUAGCUCACAUUAAAUGCUCAGAUGAGGGAAAUUUUAAGCACAGAAGUCAUCUGAAAUGCUCCUCAACAUCUCCUCAUCAGGGACACUGCACAGAUCACCUGCAUCUCAGGCUGAGAGGAGGAAAUGGAAGUUGCUCUGGGAGACUGGAGGUGAAUCAUAACACUGUGUGGGGGUCUGUCUGUGAUGAACUGUGGGACAUCAGAGAUGCUCAGGUGGUCUGCCGGCAGCUGGGCUGUGGGCCGGCGCUGAGUGCUGAUGGGAGUGCUGUCUUUGGUGCUGGUGAAGGGCCUAUCUGGCUGAACAGAGUGAAGUGUAGAGGGAAUGAGAUUCACCUGUGGGACUGUCCCCAUUCCCUGAAGAACCACACUGACUGCUCCCACAAGCAGGAUGCUGGAGUCACCUGUACAGACAAAUCUAUGCCUUCUACUACUACACCCAUAAUUACAACCACCACCACCACAGUUCGUCAGCCAGUUAAGACAAAAACCCCUCCUCUGCAAACUCCUCCACCAGUUGUUCCACCCAUCUAUCCAUUUUUUCUCCUGGUUCUGGGAGCGGUGCUCUUCCUGGCCUUAGUCCUUCUGUUUGUGCUGUUUUACCAGAACAGAGUGCUCAGGAGAGUGCUCUCUAAGAGGAGGCGUAAGACUCUGACUGAGGUAGUCUAUGAGGAGAUUGACCGUAGAUACAUCACUAAAGGAAAUAACUCCACUCAAAGGGGAAGUAUCCUCUCUGAAGCACAGCAUUCAGGAUAUGAGAAUGUGGAUGAGGAGCUUCUCACAGGAAGUAUCCCCUCUGAAGAACAGCAUUCAGGAUAUGAGGAUGUGGAUGAGGAGCUCCACUUGGGUGAAUCAGCAAAAGAGGACACAGCAGACAGCUAUGAUGAUGUCAUCACUGCUGGACAGAUCUCUGUUAGUGUAGCAGAGGGCUUAGCGCAGAUUUAUGAUGAUGUCAUCACUGCUGAUCAGAGCUCAGCUGCUGUAACAGAUGUCUAUGAUGAUGCUUUUACCAUGGGACCAAACUCCAGCAUUAUGGAAAUGGACACUCGAGAGAGCAAUGAGGAUAUCAUCACUAAUGAACAGGAUGAAGGGCUAAAAGAUUAUGAUGAUGUGGAGGAAGAGCCUCAGACAGAGAUGUAUCAUGUGACUGAGAGACCACAGCCAGUGUCUUUCCUCGGGACAUUAUAUUCAAACCUCUUCGGACGCAAUAAAUGAUUUUGUUAUAGAUCAUAUUUUGUACCUUAAGAAGCAUAAGCAAUGUUUAUUGUAGCUUCGCACAUGUCAAAUAGGAUAUGGUGGUGUUAAAAUUGAGUGUUGAGAGGAUUACAGACAUUCAUAUUGUUGUCACUCAAAAACUGCCAUUAUAACUGUAAAAGGGUUUUUCUGUUCUGAUUGUAUGAUUAUUAUGUGAGUAUUAUGCAUCCCUAGAGCCUUAGUCACAGCUGCAAGUCAAUUUCUCUAUCUUCAGUUUCUUAUGAAUUAAGUGUGUAAUAGAAUGUCCUGCUAUGGUCAGAGAGGUAACUCUCCAGUGUGCUUUUUAUAUUUUGACCAGCAGUAUAACUGAUAACUGUUUAUUUGUCACUUUGUGUCUCAGAAAUGUUGUGUUACUCUUUUAGGAGGAAAAGCUUUAGCUUACUGUGUUGUCUACAUAAAAACAGAAAAUAGAUUUUUAAAAAAACAGCAGAGUAUAUUAUCUUUGAUUAAGUAUAGUCUCAGGUUACAUGGAGUGUAAAGAUACACAGAGUAUAAACAUGGUUUUCUGUUGUUAAAGAGGGACUUUAACCCCAAUAAAGGCAAUCUGAACAGUGUUCAUCACCCCAAGACAGUGAGGGAACAGUCUGAGAGGACCCAGAAUUCUCAGACCAGAAAACCAACCCAUUAUUUAUUAUUUUAGCUGAGAUUUAAUUCUUUUUUUAUUUGUUUCUUUGUUUUUUAUUGUUUUCUUUAUAUACUGAUAAUCAAUUAUUUGGUCAUUAUAAAACAGAAUGUAAUAAAAGAAAAUAUCUUUGAAUAAAUAUGACAAAGUCAGUUUGGUUUGACAGAAUGGAAUUAAUUUUGUGAUGAAAGAUUAAAAAACCCAUUAACCAGU